UUUCAAAAAUGAUAAGAGCGAAUUUUGAAAAAAUUGAAAAUUAAUCUUCAAGAGUUUCAAAGGUUGAAAUUUCAUUAGAAUUAUUUCAGUUCUUCUAGUACUUAUUGUCGGUCCAACUUUACGUGAAUACUGAAAUGUCUAGCGACUCUCAAAGUCUAGAUAAUGCACUUUCAGAGUGGAAAAAAUUCAAUAAAAGCAGACAAUUCGACGACGAAUUUGUCAAAUUGGUUGAAGAAAACGAUGAUAAAAAAUUAAGAAGAUUAUUUCUAUCCAGAUUAGAAUUCGGUACAGCUGGCUUGCGAGGACGUAUGGGUGCAGGAUUCGCUUGUAUGAACGAUGUAGUAGUAAUUCAAGCUUGUCAAGGAUUACUGGAAUACUUACAGAAAGUUAUUAAGGACUUGAACACCAAAGGAGUGGUUAUUGGAUACGAUGGAAGAUAUUUUAGUAAAAGAUUUGCUCAGCUUACAGCUACUAUAUUUUUAAAUGCUCAAGUCAAAGUAUACUUAUUCCCUGACGUUAAUCCUACGCCAUUUGUUCCUUUUGCUAUUAAGUUAUUUAAAUGCGCAGCUGGUGUUAUGGUUACUGCGUCUCAUAAUCCUAAAGAAGAUAAUGGUUAUAAAGUAUAUUGGGAAAAUUCAGCUCAGAUAAUAUCGCCGCAUGAUAAAGGUAUAUCUGAAUGCAUCAUGCGAAACUUGAAACCCCAAGAAACAUCAUGGAAGACCGAAAUUAUCGAUAAUAAUCCAGAAAUUAUUAAUCCUUUCCCCGAAGUAAUGGCAGCUUACACAAGUCGACGUUUAAAUUUAGCUUACGAUUUGACAAUGAAUCAAGAAUCUAAUUGUUCGUUUACGUAUACUGCGAUGCAUGGCGUUGGAUAUCGUUACCUUCAAUACGUAUUUGAAAAUUUGAAAUUUAAUUACUUGAUUCCUGUCGAAGAACAAAUGGAUCCAGAUCCAGAAUUUCCUACUGUCAAGUUCCCUAAUCCUGAAGAAGGCAAAAGUGCUUUGAAUUUGUCAUUUCAAACAGCUGAAAAGAAUAAAUGUACGAUUAUCUUGGCCAAUGACCCGGAUGCCGAUCGAUUCGCGGUGGCGGAGAAAAUCAAAGAUACCAAUAAAUGGAAAGUUUUCACCGGAAAUGAAACCGGUGCAUUACUGGGAUGGUGGAUGUUGGAAAAUUACAAACAAAAGCACCCAGAUAAGAAGGAUUUCUCCGAUGUGUAUUUCAUAUCGAGUACGGUCUCGUCGAAGAUACUUCAAACUGUGGCCAAAGCCGAGAAAUUAUCUUUCGAGGAAACUUUAACUGGCUUUAAAUGGAUGGGAAAUAAAGCCGACGAACUAGAAAAACAAGGCAAAACUGUGCUAUUUGCUUUCGAAGAAUCUAUCGGAUUCAUGUGUGACGUCGAUUGUUUAGAUAAAGAUGGAAUUUCUGCUGCAGCUAAGGUGGCCGAAUUGACAUUGUAUGCAAGAAACUCUGGGCUCACACUUAACGAUAAACUCGAAGAAAUUUAUGCCAAAUAUGGACAACAUUUGUACUCGAGUUCGUACUUCUUUUGCUAUGAUCAAGACGUGAUAAAGAAGAUAUUCAACCGUAUCAGAACGUGGAAUGGGCAAUCUCAAAGUUAUCCGGACAGCAUAGGAGACGGAAAAUAUAAAAUUACCAGCGUUCGCGAUCUAACAGCUGGUUUCGAUUCGAGUAUGCCAGACAAUAAGCCAAUAUUGCCAGUCUCCAAAUCCAGCCAAAUGAUAACAUUCUCUUUCGAAAACGGCUUCAUUUGUACGUUACGUACCAGCGGAACGGAGCCUAAAAUUAAAUAUUACAGCGAAUUAAUAUCAUCGCCGGAGGAAAAGGAUAUUGAAAAAUUGAAACAAAGAUCGUUAGAAAUGGUGAAUACGUUGGUAGAAGAAUUACUACAACCUAAAUUGAAUAACCUUAUUCCAAAGAGCGAUUGAAAUGUAUCAUUUAUCGCGUCCAUUAGUUGCUUUUGAUCUCACCAGUCAUUUUCCAUAUAUUUAUUAUAGCGUUUUAUUUUAUUUAUUAUUGAUGGAUCUGUUUAAAGAACAGAUGCCUACGCUGUAUAAUCAGUUUAGUGUCAUUGUGUAACUCUCGACAAUAAAUAAAUUAAAUACUU